AUGUCUUCAAGAAGAAAACCAUUUAGAACCCCUCAUAGCUCAAUCAAUAUUGAUAAGAUCGCAUCUAGACGAAGAAAAGAUUUUGAACAUACUCUAAGAGAUUGUGAUGAAUUAUUAAAUUUUAUUGCACGUGGAUAUGUAUAUGCAACUGAAAGUGCUGUUGAUUUAGAAGAAGGUGGAUCUGAGGAUGAGACUAAAUUAAAAAUAGAAAAAGAAUCGAUAGAAAAAAUUAUUGUCAAAUGUGAUUCAGGACAAGAAAUUGACUUAUUGGAUUCUCAUGAAGAAGAAAUAAAAAGAUUAAACAUAAUUUUUGAUAACAAAAGUGAAAAAGAAAAAUAUUUUCAAAAUGAACAUUAUAACGAAUUUAGACAAAAAGUUUGGGAUGUAAAUCAUCAAGAUGAACCUAUGCCACCAUUAGAUGCUGACGCAGAUGACGAUGUUGUAGUUGGUAGACAGAAGGAAUCUUUAAAAUGUCCAAUUACUACAUUGUUAUAUGAAGAGCCAGUCACAAGUAAUGUUUGUAAACAUACAUUCUCAAAAAGUGCAAUUUUACAAUUGAUUUCACGCAAUAAAGAUGUUGUUUGUUGUCCAAUACCUGGUUGCGAUAAACAAAUAAUGACACAUAAUCUUCAACCCAAUAAAAGAAUGGAAAGAAAAGUUGCCAUUGCUAAGAGAGAUGAUCAAAUGGAAGAUUUAGAGUAUACAAAUGUUGAAUAG